AUUAAUUUUUUAAUAAAUCAGUCUCGUGUGAUCAUUUAGCCUGUUGAUACUAUUUCUAAUAGUGACGCAAGUUUUCCAAAUCGGUUGCCCGCAAACGAUAUCGGGCCACCAUGAGGUCAUUUUUACUAACACUAAGCAUCAUUUUUCUAACACAAUCGUACAAUUUAUCUGAGAGUGCAACCCCUGAAUGUACGCUAACUGGCAAUUCUCUGGAAAAUGUAACUUCAGUACUGACCACAUGCAAAGAGAUCUCGAUAGCAAAUCUUCAAGUUCCUGCUGGCGAAACGCUCGCUUUACACGCUCAAAAUGAUUCCAUUAUAACAUUCGAGGGAAACAUUACAUUCGGAUACAAAGAAAUGUUUGGUUAUCUAAUAAUUAUUCGAGGAAAUAAUAUCACAGUUGUUGGAGCUCCGGGACAUUUAAUUGAUGGUGGUGGAGCCAGAUGGUGGGAUGGUCUUGGUGGAAAUGGUGGAAAAAGUAAACCAAUGUUCAUUCAGUUUCGGCUUAAAAACUCGUUGGUGAAAGGAUUAAAUGUGAAAAAUAGCCCGCAGCAUUGCUUAAGAAUAAUGUAUAGUGAAAAUGUGAUUUUAACUGAUAUCACGUUUGACAAUUUAGAUGGCGACACACAAGGAGGCCAUAACACGGAUGCUUUUGGCAUAGGAUAUUCAAAGAAUGUAACAAUUACGAAUAGCACCGUCUAUAAUCAAGACGAUUGUUUUGCUAUAAAUUCGGGAAGUGGACAUGCUUUUACAAAUAAUUUCUGUUAUGGAGGUCACGGAAUAUCAAUUGGAUCUGUUGGAGGACGUGAUGACAAUUUGGUCGAAAAUAUCUUUAUAAAAAACAACACAGUUGUGAAUUCUGAAAAUGGAAUUCGUAUAAAAACUAAUCACAACACCACAGGCAUUGUUAGAAAUGUUACUUACGAAGAUAUCACCAUUGAAAAUAUUACAGAUUACGGCUUUCUUAUUCGAGGUGAUUAUCUGAACGGUGGACCUACUGGCGAACCCACACCUGGUUUUGAGUUAUCUCACUUGACAUUCCGAAAUAUUCAUGGUACAGUUCAAAGUCGGGGAACUAACGUGUACGUUUUGCUAUCCGAUGGGGUAGCUUCUAAUUGGACAGUUGAAAAUAUUAGAAUUGUUGGUGGACAAAAGAAAGAUGUCCGGUGUUUGGGAAUUCCUAGUGAUUGCAGUCUCUCCUGCGAAGACCAUAACGGCGUUCCUUCACACUAUGUCUCAUUUUUCUUAUUAAGUAGUUUAAUGUUUUUAAAUAUUCUGCUAUAAUUCUUCUUGUAUAAUGCCAAAAAGCUUCUAUCUAUAAAUUUUUAAUUAAUUAAUUAAUAAUACUAAAGUAAUGUCAUUACCCAAAUUGUCUGUUAAACGUCUACUCAAUAGCCUGAGUUUGUCCUAAGAAACUCCUGUUUUACGCUUAACAUUAGUCAACUUGCAUGUGUGUAUUCGUCUACGAUUUUCAAUAAACAAAAGUAAAACAGAUCA